AAUUGUCUAUACCAUCUAACGCACUCUCUUGCCUACGCAUUUGCUCCGUUCAUCUGGUGAGAUGAGGUGAGGUGAAGUGAGGGGGGAAACCAAACGCUGUGAGCUUUUGUUCAGUGUCUCUCCUCGAGACCGGCGAAGUGCGCUCUGUUCCGAGCUCUUCUCAGCACGAGACACAGGCUGAGGACAAAUACCGUGCUUUUUGAAUGCUUUAAACGAAGUAAGGAGUUAAUUUCAACACAUUUCUGAGGCUGAACAGAUUUAUACAUUUUGAAUGGUUUAUCUCAGCGGCUGUUCCCACCUACUCUGCUGUAUCUGAGGCGACGCGGCAUUCCUGAGGACUUUCUGAGGCGACAACGCGCUUUACUUCAGAGAAGGAUGCUGGGGGAGCACCGCUUGACUGCGCUCCAGUCUCUCCUGGCUGUGUGUCUGCUCUUCACCCUGGAACACGGCAUGGUGAGCUGUGACACUGUGGUGAACAUGCGUAAGGUGACUCACCAGAGGGUUCAGGAGCCUCUGUCAGGUACGGCCCUCCUGCCGUGUGUUUUCACCCUGCGCCCGAGUCCUUCACAUGAAGCUCCCCGCAUCAAGUGGACCAAACUGUGGGGUCAGCGCAGCCCGGAUGGCCUACAAAAGCAACAGUCGAUUCUGGUGGCUAAAGACAAUAUAAUCAAGGUGAAGAAAGCCUUCCAGGGCCGCGUCACCUUGCCGGGGUACCCGGUGAACCGCUACAACGCCAGCUUGGUGCUGACAGGCCUGCGAUCCAGCGACUCGGGGAUGUACCGCUGUGAGGUCGUGGUCGGCAUUAACGAUGAACAAGAUACGGUGCCCCUUCAGGUCACGGGAGUGGUGUUCCACUACCGUGCGCCUCACGACCGCUACGCGCUGUCCUUUUCCGACGCCAAAAGAGUUUGUGUGGAGAACUCUGCCAAUAUUGCCACGCCAGCCCAGCUGCAGGCCACUUUCAAUGAUGGCUAUGACAACUGUGAUGCUGGUUGGCUGUCGGACCAGACUGUGAGGUAUCCCAUCCAGUCGCCUCGGCCCGGCUGCUAUGGCGACAGAGAGGACUCACCUGGCGUGAGGAACUAUGGCAGCCGAGACCCCGAUGAGAUGUUCGAUGUGUACUGCUUUGCCAGCAGCCUGCAAGGUGAAGUGUUCCACACCAGUGUGCCGGAGAAGUUGAGCCUGGCAUCUGCCUCCACUCACUGCCACACUCUGGGAGCUCAGCUGGCCACAGUUGGGCAGCUCUACCUGGCCUGGCAGGGCGGCCUAGACCGCUGUGACCCUGGUUGGCUCGCCGACGGCAGCGUGCGUUAUCCCAUCAACCUGCCCCGGCGUAGUUGCGUGGGGGGUGGGUGAGGAGUGAGUACUGUUUUUACAACAACAACAGCAGCGGAGUUUUCAGACACUACCGUUCUCUUUGACGCCUACUGCUAUCAUGAGAAGAAUUUGGAAGAGCUGAUGGCGAUACUCCACAAGACCCUAGAAAACUCCACUUUGAACUCUUCCAGUGACGAAGAGGUGCAGCUCCAAAGAAAUGGAGCCUUCCCUGAACCUUCAACUUGGACCGGUCUGGUCGAUCUCGAGAAAGAAGACUUCAAGUCUAUCAUAAACAACGAAUCUUCAGAAAUCUCAGAGGAGCAUGUUGUAAUCCAUCUUGGACCUGAAGAAAAGUCUGUAGACUGGGAAGACGAUCCCAAAGAUGCUGUGGAGAAGCAGGAGGACCUUCAAGGGGGUUCGGCGAAAGAGGAGACCGAUGAUGGAUCUCCUGACCCGUCUUCAACCACGCCAUCUUCCUCUACACAAGCUCAUACCAGCAACAGCGUCAUUUCCAACUUUGUGAAAACAAUCAUGAAGCCAUUUAGGUACUGGACCAUGACUGUAGAACCUGAGAUACCGGCCACAGAGUCCAGCCUCUACAAAGGUACCUCAGAAAUGGUCCCACCUACCAGGGCGAAGCCAAAUAAAGGAAAAUCAAGCAAAGAUGGUGCUGAUAACACCAUCAUGGAGCCUAAUUUCAAGGAACAUUCAUAUAAUCCCUCCUCGUCAGAUCCAGAAGAAGAGCUCUUUGAACAGGAGAAAGAAGUUGUCUUGGUGGCUGCGCCGCAGGAGAUAAAGAGUCCAAGCAAUUCUCAUAUGGAUCAUCCAUAUUCACAGACCGUCACAGACAGCUUCACUGGAUCAGCCAAAGGAGCGAUUGGAUCAGGAACGGCGGAUCCGACUCUUUCUUCAAAUCCUUCGGCAUCUAAGAGCUUCGGUUCCAUGAGGAGCAGUCAACAAAUUUUGAUGUUAAAGUCCUUGACAGUUGACCCAAGCAAUAAUAGGCAUUUCAUAACUCAAACAAGCAGUCCGAUGGAAGCCAAAAGGGCCAGUUUGGAGAUCAUGACCAUUCCUGUUUCCAGGAAUAACCCUGAGAACGUCUCUGGGGAAGGGAAAGACUUGAAUGAGGAUGGUAACCCUAUUCCCAAAGGUCCUCCAUUGCUGUUAUCUGCAGAGGAUGAAAAAGAUGGCGAGGGAAGUGGAGGGAGAGAGUUACCAUUCACCCUUGACAGCCAAAUUAAUGGAUCCGAUGACCACAGCGUCCCGCUGGAGACCACUGUCAGAUGGCAGCUUAUGAGUCUCCAGACGACUCAACCUACUAGUGCGUCCAGUUCUUCUGAUCCCAAGCCUGAGAAACAGGCUGAUACAGUUGAGGAAGCCAGAGGGGAAAUCAUGUAUGUCCAUCGCCCCAUUGAAAAACACAAGAACAAUCCUUCGAAUAAAGUCAACGUGCCUUUCGUUGAACGGAAGCAAGACCUAGGGUUGACCAUUGCACCGGAAACACACACUUCCAACACGCCUUCCACACCAAGCCCUGUCAAUCCCAAUGUGGACAAGCUAGCAGUUCAACCGCCAACAAUAGGGAUCACUCCUUCCCAGCCUUUAGAAGAUACCACUACUGAAGACAUUUUGUGUACUCCGGAUCCAGCCAUUUCCAGCACGUGGUUACCUGUGGUUCAAGAGGAGGUAGAUACUCCACAACCACCGGUUCCUACCAUAAUAACAACGCAAGCUGGAUCUACCGUUCAGCCUACUGCUCCUGAUCUAAAGGACUCUUCCCACCAGGCUGAGUCCAGGUCAGGUGGGUCGGAGUCAUUUGUUUUGGCUCAGGGCUGGAUAACAUCUGAUCCCAUUCCCACAGAGGAACCUUCUUCCCAAACCACAGGAAGCCCAGAGGAAAACACAACUGCUGGGAUGGAAAACAGCCCCUCCAAAAGUUCAGAAGAUGAUCCCUCAACAAACCCGUGCCUGCAUGGUGGGAGCUGUCUGACCGAGGGGGAGGGAUACAGUUGUCUUUGCCCUCAGGGCUAUUCGGGAGAGAGCUGCGAGAUUGAUAUUGAUGAUUGUCAGUCCAAUCCAUGUCAGAAUGGAGGCACCUGCAUUGAUGAGAUCAAUUCUUUCGUAUGCCUUUGUCUGCCCAGCUAUGGUGGAGCAACCUGUGAGAAAGAUACUGAGGGUUGCGAGCACAACUGGAGGAAGUUUCACGGCCACUGUUACAGGUACUUCACCCGCAGACACACGUGGGAAGACGCUGAGAAGGACUGCAGAGAGCACAGCGGACAUCUGGCUAGCAUCCAUUCCACACAAGAGCAGGACUUCAUUAAUGGACUGUGCCAUGAAAACACAUGGAUUGGUUUGAAUGACAGGAUGGUGGAAGACGACUUUCAGUGGACAGAUAACAUGGAUCUGCAAUAUGAGAACUGGAGGGAGAACCAGCCGGAUAAUUUCUUUGCGGGCGGAGAGGACUGCGUGGUGAUGAUCGCCCAUGAGAACGGCAAAUGGAACGAUGUGCCCUGCAACUACAACCUGCCCUACAUCUGCAAGAAAGACACAGUUCUAUGUGGAGCUCCGCCCUCCGUGGACAACGCUUUCCUGAUUGGUCGGAAGCGUUCGCAUUAUGACAUACACUCUGUAGUGCGUUACCAGUGUGGUGACAGUUUCCUCCAGCGCCACAUUCCCACCAUCAAGUGUCGUGCCAAUGGCAAAUGGGACCGACCCAAGAUCAUCUGUACAAAGUCAAGGAGAUCUCACCGCUACAGACGCCACCACCACAAGUCCCACCACGAGCGCAGAAAGCACAAGAGGCACGGUUCAGGUGGUCAUCGAGGUCAACAGGAGGGUCACGGCCAUUUCUAACCAAAUAAUCCCCUCCUUUCCGCCAGCCUUUCACCUAAACCUCCUUAUCUUUGAUAUCCGACAGCCUUUCACCUUUCCCCUUCUCGUCUGGCUCAGUCCACCCUCUUUAUGAUCAGAGGGGGCACUGCUGGACCUCACAAGGACUAUAACAAUUUUACUUUUCCGUCUCUUUAUCCUUUAAUGUUAUAUCUCAUUUUAGUGGAUCCAUCAUGAAGAAAUUUCUUUCGUACAUUCAGUGUAGAAAACACUCUAGGUAAUUGUUUAUGUAUUUUUACAUAAGCAUUAAUUGAGCGGGUGGGUUGGUAAUACAUGUAAAUAUUGUAUUUCAUUUCAAAACGCAGGAAUAAAUCAAAACAGCCAGGAAAUACUUGGGAUUGGUUAGCUUAUGCAGUAUUUCUUGACUGUUUUGACACUGGUUGGCUCUUUGUAAGACAUUAACCUAAUUUAUACAGUAUUUCUUAGUAGUUAUGUGUUUUGAGUUGAGAGGAGUGGUGUUCUUCUGGAUUUUACAUGAAAAUUAAAUCACACUUACAUCAUUCCAAACCCGUAUGAUUUUAUUUCUUCCAUCAAACACAAAAGGACAUGAACGACAACAGGAGAUGUCAAAUUUAAAAAUGGCAAAAAGCACCAUGAAAGUAGUUGUGCACUGUAAUUUGACGUCUUCUGAAGCCAUACAAUAGAUUUGUGCGUAAAACAGACUGAAGUUAUGUAUAAUCAAAAGUUGUUAUUCUAUUGUAGCUUUCACCGAAACGUAACAUUUGAUCGCAUUGAUGCAAACUGACAACCUGAUGAUGAACAAAAUUUCAGAUCUGUAAGUUUUGAUUUUUUUUGUGAAUAAUAAUUUAAUUCUUGCAUUUUCAAGUCUUAAGUCUAGUUUAUUUAUAGAGCCCUUUCCACUACAAAGGAGAUCAAAUGACUGUUCAAUAAUAAAAAAAAUAAAAAUACAAAUAUAAGAAAAUAACAAAAAGACAAAAAUCAAUAACAGAAAAAAUAAAAGAUAACAACAUCAAAGAGAAAAUAAAACAAAGUACAACUUCCAAAUUUCAACUAUCAAAAGCCAUAGAGAACAAGUAAACAAUAUUUAAAAAUGUCAGUUGAAGGUACAGAUCUGAUAUCAGGCGGAAGAGCAUUCCACAGUCUAUGAGCAGCAAUGGAAAAUGCCCGAUCUUUUAGUUUUCAAGCGAGUUUUUGGAAUUGAGAGUAGUAAACAAUUAAGUGAUCUUUGAGGUUUACAAGAAUUCAUGUGAAUCAGAUUCGUAAUAUAUUCUGGGGCCAUAUCAUGGACAGGUUUAUAGAUGUAGAGCAACACCUAAUAGACAAUCCGAUAUUUAACUGGAAGCUAGUGCAGCUUUUCCAAAACUGGUAUAAUAUGCUCCCUUUUCAUUGUGCUAGUGAGGAGAAUGGCUUACUCCCAAAUAAAGUACAUUACAAUAAUCCAAGCCAUGGAGAUAAAGGCUCAUCUCAAGAUCAGCAACAGACAAAAAAUAUUUAAUUUUUGCAAUAGUCCUCAACUGAAAAAAGCAACUUUUACCACACAUUUAAUCUAAUCAUCAAAUGUUAGUGCUGAGUCAAAGAUUACACCCAGAUUCCUUAUCUGGGACAGCACAAUCGUUGACCAUGGACCUAAAACAUCUUUUAUAUCACUCUCAACCCAGUUUGGCCCAAAAAUUACAACUUUUUAAUUUAGUCGCAUUUACCUGAAGACGAUUUAGCUCUAACCAGCACUUCACCUCCUCAAGACAUGAUAACACAAAUGAAAGAGAAGUUAUCCAGGUUUAAUAGGCAAGUAAAACUGAAUAUCAUCGGCAUAAAGAUGAUACGACAUACUGUGUUUUUUAAAAACAAGAUUUAAGGGCAGCAAGAAUAAAGAAAACAGAAUAGGCCCCAAAAUGGAGCCCUGAGGAACUCAACAGUCAAUAGAAACUGUAGCGAAAGAAAAUUCCCCAAACCUCAUUGAAAAGGAUCUUUCCUUCAAAUAAGAAGAAAACCAUUUUAAAACAGUCCCUUGCAGACCCACAACAUACUCUAAACGCUCAAUGAGAAUAUCAUGAUCUAUUAAAUCAAAAAGCUGCACUAAGGUCAAGCAUAAUUAAAGCUCCUCAAUUACCCAAGUCCCCAGUGAGUAACAAAUCAUUGGUAACCCAUAAUAAAGCUGAUUCGGUGCUAUGUCCUGCUCUGAAACCAGACUGAAAAACAUCUAGAACAUAAUUCUUAGCCAAAAAAAAGAACUCAGCUGAGUAAGAACCACUUUCUCUAAUAUUUUUGAAAUACGAGGAAGCUUUGCAAUAGGCCGGUAAUUUGUGAAAUCCAAAGGAUCCAAAGCACACUUCUUAAGAAGAUGCUGAACAGCUGCUUGCUUAAGACAUGAUGGAAAAAUACCUGUAGAAAGACUACAGUUCACAAUUAAUGCAAUACUGGUUUCUA